AUGGUCGAAGAAUUCGCCGCGAAUGGUGAUUUGUUGAAAAAAAUUAAAAGUAUCGAAAGAAUCGAUGAGAAUGAAUCGCGAUUUCUUUUCCGACAACUCACUGAAGCCUUAAUGUAUUUACAGUCAAUCAGAGUCGUUCAUCGGGAUAUAAAAUGUGAAAAUAUAUUUUUGGAUUCACAUGAUAAUGUAAAACUUGGUGAUUUUGGUUUCUCUCGAAUGAUGCGCUUAAAUGAUAAAUCAAAUACAUUUUGUGGUUCUCGAGCCUAUGCCGCUCCAGAAGUAUUAAGUUCAAAACCUUAUUCUGGCUUCACAGUUGAUUUAUGGAGUGCUGGCAUUGUUCUUUAUAUUAUGGUCACUGGUUUAAUGCCGUAUGAUGAUCGCAAUCUGAAGAAAAUGUUAGAAAAACAGCUGCGUCAUAGGGUUACAUUUCCAAAAACUGUUGAAUUAAGCAGUGAAGUGAAACACUUGAUCUCUGAGAUACUCCAUCCAUACCCAACACAACGAAAGGCCUAUCCGGAGAUAAUUCGAAGUUCAUGGCUUAUUAAUACACCAUAUCGAAUACGAACUAAACUAGAUGAUCUAAGCAAUACGAAUUCACCGUGA